ACACACACAGACACACACAUACAGACACAGACACACACACAGACACAGACACGCACACACAGACACAGAGACACGCACACACAGACAGACACGCGUACACGCACACUCACGCACCCACGCACACACAGACACACGCCCUUACAGUAAGUGAAAGUGAAACUUAAGGAGCAGCAGAGGCCCACAGGAGGAAAGAGACACGGAGGACGUCGACUGGUCGAAACAUUUGACUCUUCGCUGAUUUCUCUUCUACAAACAUGGACAUGUCAAACAGCACGAGAAUGGUCAUCCUGGGAAAAACUGGAGUUGGGAAAAGCAGCCUGGCUAACACCAUAUUUGGAGAGCAGCUGUUCAAGAUCGGCCACAGUGUGAACUCUGAAACAAUUAAAUGUCAAGCAGUAACUAAACCCGUCAAUGAAAGAAACAUCACUUUGAUUGACACUCCUGGUUUCUUCGACACAGAUCGAUCUGAGGAGGAGCUGAAGGCUGAAAUAUUGAGAUCCAUCACAGAGUUCGCUCCUGGGCCUCAUGCCUUUCUCAUUGUGCUCAAAGUGGAGAGAUUCACCGAGCAGGAGCAGGCUGUCAUCACUAAAAUACAUCAAUACUUUUCUGAAGAAGUUUUCCAGUAUGCGACAGUCCUCUUUACUCAUGGUGACCAGCUCCCUGAAGGACAGACCAUUGAGGACUUUGUCCAUGAUAAUGUGCCUGUGAGGGAUCUGGUGACAAAGUGUGGAGGCCGCUGCCUUGUUGUUGAUAAUAAAUACUGGAAGAACAACCAGCAGGAAGAAUACAGGAACAACCAGGUCCAGGUGAAGGAGCUCUUCAAGACAAUAGAUCAGAUGGUGAAGGCAAACAAAGGAAGAUGCUACACCAAUGAGAUGCUACAAGCAGUGGAGGAAAGGAUAAUGGAGGAGGAGCAACUCAUUAGACAGUCAUCAGGAAACAAGUCAGAGGGAGAGAUCAGAGAGGAGGCUAAAAACAACGUAUUUAAGUGGCUUUGGACCAAACUGGCAGGUAUCAAAGCAAGUGCAUUGUGGGGAGCUCUUUUUGGUCAAGUAGGGAUGGUGAGAGACAUAAUCGCAGCUUUAACACGAACAAGAGGAAGUGCUGGAAUGACAGAAGUCACAGAGGAAGGGGCUGUUGGUGUUGCUCUAAGAGGACCAAAGAAGGCACCAGACGCGUUCACGAAAUAAUACUAUCAGCAUCAAAAGCAAAUUAUAAUACAGCCAGAGAUGAAACAGAAUCAAAACCAAUAAUCAGACAUUACGCUUAAAGACGGGAGAGAUAAUCUCUCAUUAAAAAGCCAGGAAAUAUUUAACCAUUGAGAUGAUCACGUUUAAUAAAUAUGUAAUUCAAACUUUAGUCGCUUAUUCCGGUUUCACAAGCAGUUUGUCUCUUUAUUCACCGUACAUAUCUACUUACACUUACUUGUACUUCAGUGAUCCAUAUAGUGUAUAAACGGAGUGACCCUCUGGUACUUUUUAUUCAUAUGAUUUAUUCUGAUUUAAGUUUUAUUCUCUUUGAUGAUUUACAAUUUCUUUCUUUUUAUUGAGCUAAGAGUGUUGACAGCCUCAAUGUGUUUUCCUUCAUGCAUUAAUAUGUAAUCACAUGUUCUUCUUUGUUGACUGAAUGGUGAGAAUAAGUAAAUAAGUGAACUCUUGAUUCACCUGAUAGUUUUGAAGGUCUUAUUGGAAAUGUAAACUUUUUACAUUUUGUCUUUUCUUUUACUUCAAUAUUGACAUUAUUCAUCUUUGUAACUGUAAAGAAACAAAUAAAACUGGUUUGUAUUCUGUACAUUCCAACCAAA